AUGAUGUCUCUCAGACCAUCAAGAAGCGCUCUGCGCACUCUGCCCACACAGAGACCGCUGGCUUCCAGUCGGAGGCAAUUUUCUGCGACUUCGAUUGUCGGCGCCAUCUCGCCCCACCGCGCCUCUCGUCCUUCUGUGAUCUCAAAGCGAGAAUCCAGUACUGCCACUGCGUCCUCAGAAGCUCGUCCCGUACCCAGCCCGGCAUUUAACCAAGACUCGCCACGCACCAAUGUGUCUCCCUUGGAGAACAGAAAAUUACCCGAGCUCGAUGACUCGUUCGUCGGACUGACUGGUGGUGAAAUUUUCCACGAGAUGAUGCUCCGCCAGGGAGUGAAACACGUCUUCGGUUAUCCUGGAGGCGCCAUCCUUCCGGUUUUCGACGCCAUCUACAACUCAAAGCACUUUGAUUUCAUCCUACCCCGCCAUGAACAGGGUGCCGGCCAUAUGGCCGAAGGGUAUGCUCGCGCUUCCGGUCUUCCUGGUGUCGUCCUGGUCACGUCCGGUCCAGGCGCGACGAAUGUCAUAACCCCCAUGCAGGAUGCUCUCUCCGAUGGAACACCCAUGGUCGUCUUCUGCGGUCAAGUGCCGACUUCCGCCAUUGGUACCGAUGCUUUCCAGGAAGCUGAUGUCGUUGGUAUCUCGCGUGCCUGCACAAAAUGGAACGUGAUGGUGAAGAGCGUGGCUGAGCUCCCUCGCCGUAUCAAGGAGGCCUUUGAGAUCGCAACGAGCGGUCGCCCUGGCCCUGUCCUCGUUGACCUCCCCAAGGAUAUCACCGGCGGUAUUCUCCGAAAACCGAUCCCCAUGAACAGCACUCUCCCAUCUCACCCAAGCGCCGCCAGCCACGCUGCACGUGAGAUUGGCCGCCACCAGCUUGAGAGCGCUCUCACCCGAGUUGCGUCUCUUGUUAACAAGGCCGAAAAGCCUAUUCUCUACGUCGGCCACGGUAUGCUUGCUCGACCUGAUGGCCCGCAACUUCUCAAGGAAUUCGCCGACAAGACUUGCAUUCCUGUUACCACAACCCUUCAGGGCCUGGGAGGAUUUGAUGAACUCGACCCCAAGUCUCUCCACAUGUUGGGAAUGCACGGAUCUGCCUAUGCCAACAUGGCAAUGCAAGAGGCCGAUCUGAUCAUCGCCCUUGGAGCUCGAUUUGACGACCGUGUCACCCUUAACAUUGCUCGGUUUGCUCCACAAGCCAGAGCUGCCGCUGCCGAGGGUCGGGGUGGAAUCGUCCAUUUCGAGGUCAUGCCCAAGAACAUCAACAAGGUGGUUGAAGCCACUGAAGCUGUCGAGGGUGACUGCGCUGAAAACUUGGCGCUCCUUCUGCCCAAGGUCAAACAGGUUGCCGAACGACCAGAAUGGUUUGCCCAGUUGAACGACUGGAAAACUCGUUUCCCACUGUCUCUGUAUGAGAAGGAAACUGCCGAUGGACCUAUCAAGCCCCAGGCUGUCAUUGAGAAGCUGAGCAAUUUGACGAAUUCUAUCAAGGACCGCACAAUUAUUACGACUGGUGUUGGUCAACAUCAAAUGUGGGCUGCACAGCACUUCCGCUGGCGCUAUCCUCGCUCCAUGAUCACUUCAGGAGGUCUCGGAACCAUGGGUUUCGGAUUGCCUGCCGCCAUUGGUGCCAAGGUUGCCCGCCCCGAGGCCCUGGUUGUUGACAUCGACGGUGAUGCCUCUUUCAACAUGACUUUGACGGAAUUGUCAACCGCUGCCCAGUUCAACAUUGGUGUGAAGGUGAUUAUCUUGAACAACGAGGAGCAGGGUAUGGUCACGCAAUGGCAGAACCUGUUCUACGAAGAUCGCUAUGCCCACACCCAUCAGAAGAACCCCGACUUUGUGAAGGUGUCGGAAGCCAUGGGAGUUCAGGCCCAACGGUGCUCGCGGCCCGAUGAGGUCGAAGAGAAACUGAAAUGGCUCAUCGAAAGCGAUGGCCCGGCUUUGUUGGAAGUUUUCACCGACAAGAAAGUCCCUGUCCUACCAAUGGUCCCGGCCGGUAGCGCUCUUCACGAGUUCCUCAUAUACGACGAAGCCAAGGAGAAAGAGCGAAAAGCCUUGAUGAAGAAGCGAGGCGUUGUUUUCUGA